AUCUGCUGCCUGACAAGUUACCAGUGUGUCGCGUCUAAGGGUGGUGUUAGUACGCGUCUGUUUCAACUCCCAGCCUGACAGAAUUUGUGUUUUUCUUUUUUUUUUUUGUGUGUGUGUGUGUAACCACGCCUACACAGUGGAUGCCAAGGCUUACCCAUGAGUUAAACCUUCUUUAGUUGGUAAUGAGGAAGGCGUGGGCUCUAGCAGUGGACACCCGAAGGCAGCAGUGGGUGAAAACAAGCAAAAUAAAGAAAAGUUUGACUGUGAGAAGGUGCUAGACAGCCAGCCAUAGUGACGAGGAGGCAGGCACCACCAUCACCACCACAGGGAAGGCAUUGCACAUCUGUAGGCUGCUGCUGCUGCAUCUUUCACCCACACAACACUGUAAGCAAGCACAAUGGAAUCCACUGAGAGUGUUAUCAGAAUUCCGGCUGUACUGAUGCCGUCCUACAACAAGCUGAUCACAACGGAGGAAGGCAAAAGUGCAAUGAAGAGGAUUCGAGUGGAGUGUGGCGUGUGCAAAGCCACCCGUUUCUAUUCCAUACAUCGCGGCAUCACACGCAUUGCAGGGGUAGUGGCCUGUGAGGGCUGUCGACAGUUCUACCAACGGUUUAAGAAACAACCUAGACUGGAGCAGUGUGACAAGGGUGGCAGGUGUUUCCUUCAGGAGGAGAUGCCCAAGAAGUGCAAGGCUUGUGGGAUGGCUCAUAUCUUGACCAGAUGCCCAGUGCCCCCCUCUCUGUACCACAACCUGCUCAGCUAUCUUCCCACAGACCUCAAGAAAAGGAUGCCAGAUCAGCCACCCACAUCUGUAGAGGUGCCGCAGGAGCGUCGGGGAGGCCUAGGGCUGGAGGUGUACAAAGGGGACACAUGGGAGGAUGUGACAGACAGGAGUGAGGGACGAACAUCUACCAUCAGGGCUGAGGAGGACACAGAUGCAGAUGACCCCAAUGUGGAUGACUUGGAUAUGGAGUUUGAGGAGAUGGUAGUGGAUGAUCCUGACAUCCCUGAAGCGGAGCCCCCCGAGCAGACCUCUUCCCCAGUCCCUGUCCCCACACCAGCGCCUCGCGUUGGCCGCCCUAAGAAGAAACCUGGGCCUAAGCCUGCUGGCGACCCCGACCAGCGAACUGCUCAUGGGUCGACCAGAGGAGGAACAUUGGUGAUGGCUUCACUGCUGGAGGGCCUCAAGGUCAACAAUCAGUUCAUGGAAAACUUCAACCCUAAAACAAGUGAGCGGAUGAGACGCAAGAAGAAGAAGGUGCAGUACUUCCACAGUUCUGGCAGAGGGAGGGGAAGUCACCCAUCAGCCUUCCAUGGUCCUGAUGGGUCACUGAUCGCCUCAGGGAAGGACCUGUGUGAUUGCCUGACUGAGGACUGCCCUGGAUGCCACUUCCCAUGCAUCAAGUGUGGCUCAGGGAAGUGUGGCAAAGAGUGCAGAAUAAAUCGCAAGUGGUAUUAUGACAAGGUGGAAGUGGAAGGAUCGACUCUUUCCUGGAACAAUGAAUACAUCAAGAAAAUCUGAUAUGGAAAGUCUGGUGUUGCCACUCUCUUUAAGUGUGUCUCUCUUGGCCAGCUGGUGGUAUACAGCACACCCCACCCCUAUCCCACACUGCCAGGCAGGUGGUGAUAAUAUUUGAGGAAACAUUUUGUAUUUUAAUAAAAUAAAAUAAAUAAAUAUGAUGAUAAUAUAAAUGUAAAAUACUGGGCUGAGAUUGAUUGAUCACUAGAGCCACAAAAAGCCCCCUGAAAACCCCAGUAACUUUCCUCCACCACUGAAAAUACCACUAACUUCCUUACACCCCUGAAUACCCUAAUAACUUAAUCUACAACCCUGAAGACCUCAGUAAGAUCUCUUAUACCACUGAAAAAAACCCUAACUUCCUCCACAUCAUUGAGAAUUGCAUCAUCUACUACAGUUUGAAAAGCCCAGAAAUGCCUGAGUAUAACUUAUUGCUGUAGAGAGAGAGAUAUGCAUGUAAACAUGUUUUGGGUGUCUCUACGGUAAACCCAAGCAGUUACUCUUAUUACCACUAUAUUCACAUUCUCCCCUUCCUCUUCCUGAUGAUAAUGAUGAUGUGAGAUGGUGAGGUAGUGAUAUAGUGACGUUUUGAGAGAAAGAGGGAGAGAGCAACAGUUUGUGUCUAUAGUCAAUAGUCUGAUUUUAGAGACCAUUACAUGGUUUUCUUGUCUCUGGAAAAGACUACCACUACUAUUACUAUACGUUUGUAUAAUAAAAUAUUAAAUAUAUUGUGAGACCAU